AGCCUCGUUCAGGCGUUCUUUGAUUAUGCGAUGCACCGUCCGAUGGAAGAACUGGACAUCUGCAUGCGCGACAAAGCGAUCAGCGAGAACUCGUGUGAUUUCGUGGUUCCACAGCUCCAGAACCAUUGCUCCAGUACGAAUGGUCUGCUCGACGGAAGGUCGGAAAUGGAUGAGAAAGCAUAAAAUAGCAUAUUCUCUUACCAGCCAGGAUAAAUUGCAAUGGCAUAAUUAUCGAAGGUUUAGCGACCAAGAUGGCGAGGCCGCCAUUUUGCAAAUUUACGUAUAG